AUGUCCCAAUCACCCGGUCAACAUGAAGAAUACGACAUCAUUUUUGCUGGAGGUGGAACUAGUGGAUGUGUAACUGCUGGACGCCUUGCUGCCGCCGAUCCAUCGCUCAAGAUUCUGAUCCUCGAAGCAGGGCCACAUGUUCGUGGGCUUGAAAAACACGUCCAGCCGGCUCGCUACUUCGGCAAUCUAGUUUCUCCAGGCGGAGUCUUCACGUCCCAUGUCGGAAACCCUAGCAAAUCCCUUGCCGGCCGAUCCCCCAUCGUUACCUCUGCUAAAUGUGUGGGUGGAGGAUCGAAUGUUAACUUCGUCAUGUAUACUAGAGCUUCUGCAUCGGAUUAUGAUGAUUGGGAAAAAUUCGGAAACCCUGGAUGGGGCUCAAAGGAUUUGGUCCCACUAGCGAACAAGGUAGAAACUUAUCAAUGCGGCUCCAACCCGAAUCAUGGUACAAAUGGUCCUAUUGCAAUCUCAGUCAAAAACGUUGUCGGAAGCUUUGGAGAACAAUACCUUGAUGUGGCUUCCAAGUAUGAUGGGGGCCGUGAUUUCACGGAUGAUCCCAACAAUUUUAAGACCUGCAAUCAAUACGGUCCUUGGCCGAAGUACAUCGAUUCGGUCUCUGGAACACGAUCCGAUACCGCCCAUCAUUUCAUUUAUAAUCAAGAACGCAACGGUAAUCUGAAGGUGCUAGACAGAAAAAGAGUUGUCCGAGUAAUUUUCGACGAUAAACGUGCCAUUGGCGUGGAGUACACUGAUGACGUUGAAUCUGCUGCUAUCGUUCCCGGAGAAAACGUUCAGAAAGCAUUUGCAUCACGUCUCAUCGUACUAUCCGCUGGGGCGUUCGGUUCUCCGGCGAUUCUGGAAAGGUCAGGAAUCGGGGCAGCUGAAAUCUUGCAGAGGAACGAUAUACCCCAGAUUGUUGAUUUGCCUGGCGUGGGGGAGAACUACAACGACCAUAAUCUUUUGUUUAUUCCUUAUCAUGCGGAUGAAGCAUCCGACACUCUUGACGUGAUAUUCGAGGGUGACCCGACAGCAGUUGCGUUCCAUGCUGAACAAUGGCGCAAGGAUGGGACGGGAUUAUUCGCGACCAAUGGCAUUGACGCCGGUAUCAAACAUCGGCCGAAUGAAAAGGAUUUGAAGAUUCUCGGACCUACCUUCACCAAACGAUGGAACGACUUCUUUUUGAACGCUCCCGACAAACCUGUCAUGUGGAUUGGUCCGUUAUCCGGUUAUGUUGGCCUCGAUCCUCCACGAGAACUUGGGCGCAAGUAUUUCUCUAUGCUAUACUAUACGGAGUAUCCCGCGUCGUUGGGCAGAGUUCACAUACAAGGUGGCCUCAAUCCGUAUGCCCCUCUCAAUUUGGAGACCGGUUUCCUUGACGACCCCGCCGACUUGGCUGUUCUGAGGUGGGCUUAUAAGCACAGUCGGGAAUUCGCUCGACGCAUGAGCUCUUAUCGAGGCUAUGUUGCUGCGGGGCACCCUCUAUUUCCCAAAGGGAGUGAGGCUGCCACAGGACUCCAAGCCCAAGGUCCUGCUGUUAUAUCCGCCCCCGAUAUCAACUAUACGGAGGAAGAUGACGCUGCGAUAGAUGACUACCAUCGUCUCAAGGUUGCGACUACUUGGCACUCGCUCGGGACGUGCGCGAUGAAACUGCGUAGCCAAGGCGGGGUUGUCGAUUCACGUCUUAACGUCUAUGGUGUGCAGAACCUUAAGGUCGCAGAUAUGAGUAUAGCGCCCUCCAAUGUCGGAGCCAACACAUACAAUUCUGCACUAAUCAUCGGAGAAAAAGCAGCAAUAAUCAUAGCGGAGGAACUGGGAGUCAAAGGUAUUUAG